CUGCCCAACGGCAACUGGGAGGAAUCUCAGGGCGAGAGCGCAAUCUUGAAAACGACACAAAUAACUCUUGCCUUCCCGCUGGCCGUUGUGUACCCCCUGCAGGCGAGGGCAAGACGAUGCUGCUGUUCCUGGCCUUCUGCCUGGCCAUAGAAGGGCCCUUCACCAACAUCCUGCGCAACUUCACGCGCAGCGCGGAGGCCGUUUGCUGCGGCGCCGAACUCGCCCUCAACCAGACAGCCGAGAUGGUGCAGCGCGCCAAGCAACCCCUCCUGAACGCCUUGCAGAAGAUCAAGGACAUCGCGCGGAAGGCCAAAGUGGUGGGCGACCGCGUGCGGAAACUCUUCAGCUCCGUCAUGGACGCCGUCAAUCACGUCGCCCGCUGCCUGCGCAACGUCUGGUACUGGCUGGUGCAUUUGGGGGAGAUCUGCAACCUGGAGAUGGGGGCCCCCUACAAGAAGUGCGUGGCCCUCUUCGAGAAGGCCAAGGACGAGUGCAUGCGGGUCGUGCCCUUGCUCUUCAUCUUCUGCUACGUCGUCCUGCUCUUCAAGUACCUCUGCGGCCUGGCCAACCUCCUCCUCGUCUUCUGCAUCAUCCCCAACUACAUUGUCCCGUUCCUGCGCCAAAAAGUGGCCGAACCCAUUGUGGGCGUCCUGAAGCGCAUCCGGGGCGAGUUCGAGUUCAACCUGACCACCAUCAACACCUACGACGUGACGGUCAACGCCAGCAAGAGCCUCUCGCAGGUGGCCGCCGACAUCAUGGAGGACGUGGGCAACCGCCUGCAGCCGGCCAGGGAGGCCAUCGGGAUGUUCGGCUACGUCUCCUCCUUCAUCAUCCUCUUCGUCUACAUCAAGGCCUUGAUGUACCGGAAGCGCUACUUGCAGGACGACGGCUACGACAACAUCUACAUCACGAGGCCCUUCCUGGAGAUGGACGCCAUGCGCCGGAGGCUCAAGAGGCCCACCGUCCUGCCGCUCUCGUCCAAGGAGAGCGGCCGCUACAUCCGCCCCGCCUCGCUGACCCUGCCCCGGAAGGAGCAGCUCCGCUACGCCUUGUCCCUGGUCUCCAUCUGCCGGCAGAUGAUGGUGGUCAUCCUCCUCAUCGCGGCCGACUACUCCAUCUUCUGGCUCUUUGACCUGGUGCGUUAUCAGCUGCAAGGGGAGGUCGUCGCGAGAGCCCCAGUGACCAUGACGGUGGACGUGGAAGGGUCCGGCUACUCGGGAGAGAUGUACCGGGACAUGGUCUCCUCCUUCUCGGUGCUGCAGCAAGGAAACGUCAGCGUCCUCUCCCACCGCUGCCUCCUGCGCCCCUCCGAGCCCGACUACCACGGAUACGCCGUCCUCGGCAUCCUGUACGGCAUCUGCUUCUUCACGGCCAUCUUUGGAGUCUACAUCCAGCGCCUGCAGCGUGUCGUCUGCGCCUGGUACUAUCCCUCCCGCGAACGAGAGCGCAUCUCCUACCUCUACAACACCAUCCUGACCCGGCGGACCGGCUUGGCCUCGGCCAUCAUGAAGGCCAUUCGGCACCGGUCGGCAGACGGAGGCCACCAGAACAUCCUCCUCAUCUUUGCCGCCAAGUUCCCCAUCUGCAAGUGGCUAGCAAAGAAGCUGGGCGUCCACGCCUCGUACUGCAUGGGCUGCGGGAAGAUCCGGGACGGAGAGGCCAGCGAGGACUUUGUGACCUGCAGCACCCCCUCCUGCCAAGGGAUCUACUGCUCCGGCUGCUAUCAGUACCUGAACAACACCUGCUCCGUCUGCAUGGCUCCCCUCACCUUCCAGGGCGACAUGGACGAGGAAGUGUAGGCCCACUUUCUGCCCUUUUCCCCAGCUUGGGUUAUACUGUAUUUAUAUUUAU